GCGGACUUGGAAACUUCACAAUUUCGCUAUCAAGGAUUGUUAUUCAACGAUGAUUAUUAUUCCAAAAUGUGAGAGAUAACGUAACAAGAAGAGAAGAAUUUUCGGAGAAUGAAUGGACAGAAUUCUAGUCGAAACCAAAACAGCCACAAUGUGCCACAACAGACUAAGGGCAGUCACAUGGAUAUACCAACCUUACGUAUUCAGGCCGAAACGCCUGUUCCUUCUGCAUCGGGGAACACUCCAAUCCCUCAACAGAACUCUACGACACACAAUGCGGAUAAAGUGAAAGGCGUGUCGCUUCCUUCUAUAUCACCAAACCCAUCGCUGGUCAGUGGGGUCAGCGGAGGCAGCCCAGCACUGCGCCGACCGGGGCCCGGCUUUGAACUCAAGACCUCAUUCAACACACCACGCACAAAUGUUACACAAAAUCGACAGCCGCUUUCUGGAAUUACGCACGGCAUGGUCAACCUACCUCCUAAACAUGAACCUGGCGUCCAACAUGGUGGGUAUGGGCCUCAGUGUAUUGGUAUUGGCACCAGUCGAAUCUUCAGCCAGAGCUUACGGCACCCCCAGGUAUCGAAACUACAAAAUGGCGGCUCCCACCUGCACCUUCCGAACCGCCUUCAAACGCACACCCCAACGCCGAGCGAAGUGUCGAGUAUCCGUUCGUCCAACAGUCCACGACACAGCCUGCACACCCCGACACUGUCCAUUGUCUCCAACGAACGCAACAUGAUUGGAACGCCCAGCGGCUUCAGCACGAGUUCCGACAAACAUGUGUUCCUCGAGCCAUUCCCCAAACAGCAGGACUGGAUGCACUACAAACCGUUACCGAGCGUCACUCCGACAGGGGGUGCCAGCACGACGGGGGAUAAUGAGGACAGCGAGAUGGCAGCCGAACAGAGCUUCGCGCCAUCGGGGAGCGCAACGUCCCACUACCCAGACAGCUCCAACCUGUCACCCUACCAGGCAGCCAACAUGUCCCCGUACACAUCCUUCUACACGAGUCCUCAUAACUCGGCCAAUAUGCAUGGGCGUGGGGCGUCGAAGCGGGCGCUGUCCAUAUCGCCGUCCAUCUCCGAGGGUCUGGAUCUGAACCAGAUCAUCCGGAUCUCGCCCACCUCCCUGGUGGGAUACCUGAACAACUCGCGCGGCUCCUCGACCAGUGUGUCUCCUCAACCCGGCAUGAUGCCCGGCUCCUUCUGCCACCUGUCAGCUCGCAACAGUCCGUACUCGGUCACGGGGUCCGGAGGUAGUCGCCUGACGAGCUUCACCCCACAGAGCAUGGCUCAGGGAAUCAAGCAGGAGCACACGGACUACUUCCACAUGGGUCCUCCUGAGAGCAACGGCUUUGCGGAUCUGAUGACGAAUCAGUAUGUCGCGCCGCAGAACGAAAUCCCAUAUAUCGAGCAGAACUACAUGUCACAGGUGCAUAUGGUUAACCAUCAACCCAUGCAGCAGCAGCAACAACAGCAGCAGCAACAGCAGUCGGUACCCAGUUACAUGAACAAUGGUAUUACCGGUAACAUGGAAACCAAUAUGAAUGAUGGCAUGGGUGGAAGCCUGGCCGCGAACAUGAGCGGUGGGUUUGGGAGAAGCAUGGGGAACACCAUUCCGUUCAAAGCUCCACCGCCGUAUGACCAGGCUGUGGAACAGCAGCACCACCAUAUAUCCAACUCUCAGACGCAACAUCAUCAUCAUCAACAACAUCCUCAUCAGCAGCAGCAGCAACAACAACAACAUCAUCAUCAACAGCAACAGCAGCAGCAGCAGUCGGUGUUCUCGAACAUCCCCGUGUCUCAGAAUCAAACGAACACUUCGGAGGACUUUGAGAAUGAUGAGAGUGGUGAGCGGCACCACGUGUGUCGGUGGAUCGACUGUAACAGUCUGUUCAAGGAGCAGGAGGAGCUGGUCCGCCACAUAGAGAAGGUGCACAUUGACCAGCGCAAGGGCGAGGACUUCACGUGUUUCUGGGCCGGCUGUCAGCGGCGUUACCGCCCCUUCAACGCACGGUACAAGCUCCUCAUACACAUGAGAGUCCACUCGGGAGAGAAACCCAACAAGUGCACAUUCGAAGGCUGCAACAAAGCAUUCUCACGUCUCGAGAACCUGAAGAUCCACCUGCGUUCGCACACGGGGGAGAGACCGUACGUGUGUCAACACAACGGCUGUACGAAGGCCUUCAGCAACUCCUCGGACCGCGCCAAGCACCAGAGGACACAUCUGGAUACGAAACCCUACGCAUGCCAGUAUCCCAGUUGCAACAAACGUUACACAGAUCCCAGCUCACUUCGCAAACACGUCAAGAAUCACAGCCAGAGAGACCAGCAGCAGAAGAAGAAGUUGAAGAAGGAGGACUGUCCUGACAUACUGAACGACUGUCUGACCAUCCAGCAGAUUCGACCCGACGGCUCCCCGAUGGAGCACACCGACAGCGGACUGGGCCGGUCGCCUCACACCACGUCCGAUAUCUACCCAACUUUCACUUUCUCGAGUUCUCACUCAAGCCGGUGCGGCACUGCAAAUGGCCCCGCCUCUAGUUUGAGCAACCACCAGUCACCAGUGAGCAUGCAGGGCAGUCCCAUGAACACGGGAGGACUCAGCAUCGUAGAGGAGGCCAAUGAGAGUAUGGGCGGCUACUCCCCAGCUCCUCAACAGAACAUGUUGAGUCCCGGCUGCCCGCUGCCCUCGAUUCCUCGCCGUGGGUUCAACAUGGCCGGCAUGCAGAUGGCACCCUACCCCAGCAGCUCCUACCAUGGCUACUCCAGUGGACAGAUGCAAGACAUGCAGAAUGGUGGUCAGCAGUUCCAGCGUAACAUGUUUUACCACGCCAACAUGUACGCAAACGUCAACAGUUGUCGGAUGGGCGCCAUGCAGGCCCAGAAAUUACCCAUGAACCUGCAGAACUUCACCCAGGAGCAGCUGGUCAACAUGCCUGUGGACAUGCAGCGGGCUCUACACGGUCCCACAGGUUAUGUCGACCAGCAGAUGUUGCCCCCACCGAUCGAGUCGCUCGCUCUAACCGCUGGUCCUGAUGAACACAACCUGCAGCAGUACCUCCAGCACAGUGCGGUCGAUCGCUGCAACAGUCGACUGUCUGCCGUCUAUGCCGCUGACGGGUCCACGUGAACACGACAGCACCAGAGCCAACUGCAGGCUUUUUCUAUAGGGGAAGGCAGUGUCAUAAAACAGACAUCUACAGUAUUCUAACGUACACUGACUUGUGUUGUGUUUAAACAAUUUUCAUCCAAAAACAUCCAGCCGAUCAAGAUUUUUGUUUUUGUUAUAUGAAAAGAAUCUUUUAAUAGAAACACACAGCUUAUAAAGAUCUUACAGAUUUCCCUUUCAAAAGAUAUAAAAUUCCUUUUAUCAAGGCAUUAAAAAUGGUAUUUUCAGAACUUAAAAUUUUGAGACAGAACUUUAGAUUUUGAGACAGGAGCCUGCACCCCCAGAACCUCCUUCCCCUCUGGAUCCAGGUGUGGACAGCAAAGCUUAACUUUCGUUUCGUUAAUCUCUGGACCCAUUGCUAUUAAAUCUGUAGAGUCUAGACUCAAAUCUUGAAUGACGUCACAUGCAUACAUGUAUGGUGUUAUCAUGACAAUAAAGUCUCAGACUCUGUUAGAGUCUAGGCUAGAGAUUUGAGAAGCCAUCUUAGUACUAUGAAACCAUAAAACUGUCAUAAGCUAUGAUGUUACUACAAUACAUGCCAUAGUGACAUCAUAACCUACAAUGGUUUUACAAUAUCUUAGCGUUAAGAUAGCUCUGUAAAUCAGGGUCCUGACUUCUAAAAGAUUUUCAAGCUCAAGGCCAGAUUAGCCAUGUUUGUCCUGUGAUUAAGCUGACAGCCCAUCUCCCUGGCAUCCUCAAGGUUUGGAGAGAGACCUGCAGUUUUGAUAGCAGACGACGUCUACUUGUUUAGUUAGAGCAUCUGUAGAGCUGUUUGUGAAUCUGUGGCAAAAUAUUUGUGGUGUGUGGCAGAAAAGGUUUAUUGUGAUACAGUAGAGAUUUAGGACAAAGUUGAGGCAUAAAUACAGGAUUUCCAAAGGAGGUGGGAGACUUUGGACAGGCAUGUAUAUAGGAUUUCUAAAGGAGGUGGGAGACUUUGGACAGGCAUGUAUAUAGGAUUUCUAAAGGAGGUGGGAGACUUUGGACAGGCAUGUAUAUAGGAUUUCUAAAUGAGGGACGGUUGUGGCAUAAUGUCUGCUUGAACCUUGAUUGGAUAUAAGCAUGAAAAUAAAUUAAAAUAAAAUGAAUCCCUUAUUUCUUUCUGUCAGUAUAUAUGUGUAGUACUAGUUUGUAAUUAAGGCUCAGACAAAGUCGGUAUGUGACACUAGACCAUACAAUGUAGCUUGUGUGAAAAUUCACACUUCGAUGUUCUGUUUUGCAGAGACAAUUUACACAAGCAUUGUUUUAAUUAAAGCAAAGAUGCAAGGUUUCCAUGGUAGCCUACUGCAUAUAUUUGAGCUUGGACUGUUUCAAGAGCUACUGUAUGAAUUUAUCUAUAAGAUGCAAUUUUUUUUUUCUUUGUUCAAUAGUUGUACCACAAAAGAGAUUUUUUUUAAAUAGUUACAUUAGAAUAUACUAUAGUCCAUCCCACACUCCUACGAA